AGAAGUGCUCGCUUCACCGUUCACUCCAUCUCCACUAAGACUAGAACCUUCUUCUCCAAGCCACAAUGCUCUGUAAACGUGUUUCCCUUUUUGAUUCUCUUCACAUAAAAACCUAAGGGAAUUUGCUCUCUUUUUAUAGCAACCAACCCUCUCUCAAAACACUCCACUUCCCAAUACACAACUCAAAUCACUUGAGAGAGUUGAAAGUUUGCAACUUUUUCCAAACCAAAAUGUUUCAGUUUCAACCCAAACAGUUUUACCUCAUUCACCUCACAUGGGUUCAUAUGCUCCUUCUCCUACUGCAGCACCAACAUGUUGCUGAUGCACAGUCAACCAUGGAACCAGUUCCCACAUAUAUGUCUCACCAUAAUUGGGAACCUUCUUUUGCAAUCACCGUUGGAGCCAUCAUCUUUGCCCUUCUCUUCCUUGGAAUCAUCUCAAUCUACAUCCGAAACUGUGUUGGUUCACGCAUCAUCAUCACACAAUCAAACCCAACAUGUUCUUGUUCACAAGGGAUCAACAAGGAACUCCUCAACACUUUCCCGGUUCUCUUAUACUCCACCAUCAAGCACCUCAAGAUCGGAAAAGGAGCACUUGAAUGUGCUGUGUGCUUGAUCGAUUUCAAAGACAACGACACCCUCAGGUUGCUACCCAAAUGCAACCACGUGUUCCACCCUCAAUGCAUUGAUUCAUGGCUUGCUUCUCACGUGACAUGCCCUGUUUGUCGUGCUAAUUUGUACCAAGAUUCAUGUCAAGUUUCCAUAACAGUGACGACCCUUUUGAGCACUGAUCAAAUGGGUGUCGAAAGUCCUGAAACUCAUGAUGCUGAAGAAAACCAAACAGACCCAAACCCAAACUCAAACUCAAACCCAGAUUUGCAUAACUUGAACGAAGGUGAGGGUAAUGGUGAUGGUGGGGUUGCCUCAAAAUUGAAGCUUUUGAGGUCAAAUUCGACGGGUCAUUCACUUGUUGAGGAAGGGAAGUGUAUGGACAGGUACACGCUGACGUUGCCGGAAGAUGUGAGGAGGAACAUUCUGGUGAACAAUGGAGGAUGGCGUUCAGCUAGUUACCACAACAACAACAACAACGUGGUUAAGGGGUUGUUUUGGAAUGACAACGAAGGUAGCAGCAGAGGGAAGAGGAACAAUGGUGAGGGUAGGGUGGAGAGGUGGGUGCUGUGCACGCCGCCAUUUGUUGCGCGCCGUGGUUGAGGAAUUUCGUCGAACACCUGUUCUGCAUUCUGCAUUGUCUCUUGUCCCAGAAUCAUUGUCAAGAGUAAAGGUUUCUCAAAGUGAAGAUUGAUGAUCUUUGGGUUGCUUCAAUUAGUGGGUCGAAGGUAAUUUUUGCAGAAAUUAUGAGAUUUUGGUGUGAGGAAGAUGAAGCAGCUGAUUGAGAUUGAAGAAGAGUAAAGUCCUCCAUUAUUGAGUCAAUUCGUUUUUCUUUUUCUUUUAUUUCUUAAUUUUUCUUUUCCUUGCAGUUACGAUUUGAGAUGAGUGUGUGAGGACUGAGGACUGAGGCGUAGUUCAGUUGCAUGUUUAGUAAUUUUUAUUUUAUUUUAUUCAUUUGUAUAAUUGUAUAACCUAUUUUUCAUUAUCGGAAUUAUUUUAUUAAAUAUUUAAAUUGAGGGGCUUUUACCCUUUUUGGUCCUCAGAAAAUUUCACGAGGCCCAUUUUAGUCCCUAGCAAAUAAAAAGGUCCAUUGUGGUCCCUAAAUAAUUUAAAUUAGACCCAUUUUAGUCCUUUUGAGGACUAAUAUGGCUCUUUUUUAAUUUGUGAGGGACCACGAUUUCAACUAAAUGAGUCCUUUUGAAUUUUUGAGGAACCACGAUGGGCCUUUUUAUUUGCUAGGGACUAAAACGGACCUCAUGAAAUUUUC